AUGGACGCGAGCGAUCGACGCCGCCUGAUUGCUGAAGAAGAGUCGGACGAGGAGGUCCCACAUGAAGAGCUGACAGAGCUGCACAUCCCGAUUACCACCAGCUCUACCGCGUUCGAGGCAGAAUCCCAAGAUGAUGCCGAGGGUGCCAACUAUGAUGCUCGUGACGACGCUGCCGAAGACCGGCGAAGAGACCGAGGCGCAGCAGCUUCCACCACCACCAAUCAAGAUGAUGAUGAAGAAGAGGACCAGCAAGCGCUGCUGGACCACGUGGCCGCCAUCGUAGCCGCAACUGCUGACGAAGGCAACCCAGAAGCUGCCGCCCGCUUGCGAGGCGCUGCCGGCGCCACUGCUGCACGCUCCCUCGAAGACCCCGACUUUCGACGUCGCGUCCUCAUCAACACCUGGAAGAAAGUGAAUGCGGUGCUGUUCCUGUACCUGGUGCCGGUGACCAUCGGCCUCAUGGUCAUCCUCGCGCUCGACUGGGGAGCGUCGUGCGAGAAGCCGCUGCAGAUGUGGGCCACCGUGCAGAUGGCCAUUCAGCUGGGCCUGCUGGGCCUCUCCGUGGCCGUCAUCCUGCAGGCGCCCAAGCCCGACGCCUCCGCCGAAGAAGUCAUCUUUGUAUAUAGGAGAAUGUAUUCGUACUAUCUCAUGAACCGCACGCUGGACAUGGCAUGGCUGUCCUGGUUCAUCAUUGGGAUGGUGUGGAUCUUCGGCGUGGGGGCCAAGGAUUGCCCCAACAACGCGCCCUACCUGUUUCGCGGCUGCCUGAUCCUGCUCAUCAUUCAGGGCCGGCCCUUGCCGGCAUGGCCCCUCCGCCACCGCCGGUUGGUCAAGUUCUCCGACGACUUGGGGAUCGAUGCUGAUCACACCAGUUGCGCCAUUUGUCUGUCGGACUACGAGAAGGGCCAGGGCCUCCGCUUCCUGCCCUGCAAGCACCACUUCCACGCCGAAUGCGUUGACAAUGACUGUGCUGAUCCUUCCUUUGUGACUGGCGUCACGCCAGGCCGCCCGUCCAUCGCCUCCUCCAACCCACUGACCGACAUCGAAAUGGGCGAAAUGUGA